AUGUCGGAAAUUUGCAUAUUGUGUUUGAAUGUUAUUGUGAAAAUUAAUGAAAAGCAUCGUGUCGAAGGUAAAGGAGCUUUCAAAGUAAUUCCUGAACUGGAAAGUUUUUCUUUCAAAGUAGAAAGAGUGAGUCCUUUUAUCUGCGCUGGAUGUGUUAAAAAGCUGAAGAAACGAAGAAACCUCAUCACACAAAUUGAGUGUAUUGACGAGUUUUAUCGCACUAUUCAAACUAAAUCAACGUGUUCGUCAAGCUCUUCGCUAAAAAGAACAAGUGAUAUCAGUUUGGACAGUGUUGGUAUUAAAAUACAUUGUGGAAAUGAGGGUGAACGUUCGUCUAGUACAAGCACAGAAACGAUAGAGCGGCCAUCUUCCAGUUCUCGUUGCAGUUCACCUGUACGUCCAGAUAAUAUAGCUCCACAAUGGCCUGUGUCCCCAAUUAAGCAUAGAGAAAACUCAGAAGAGGGCCCUAAAUCUACGAAUGUGUAUGUGAAAGUUGAGUGGCCCAGUAAAAAUGCUGAACGAAAGUUGCCAGGUGAUCUAGAGUCGCUAGGAAAAAUGCUUGUACGAGGAACAUACAAACAGAUAGCGAACGCAGCAUGGAAGAACACAAACAUCAAGAAACAACUCCAACUGUUAAUGUUAAAUGACAUAAACCGAGAAUGUUCUGAUCUUUGCUCAAGGAAAAAUCCAAGCUGUCUAAGGAGCCCGAAUAAGGAAAAUAUGUUGAAAUUUUCAAUCGAACAUUUUAACAAGGAACUGAAGGAAAGAGCCCCAUUGACAUUUUCCGUGUUAGUUGCUGCUUGUGUGAACCCUCGAAGUAGAUCCAGGGCAAACAAGAAUGGCUUAAAUAUUGAAACAUUUUGGUCACCUGCUGUUGGUAUGGCUGCAGCAGUUUGCCUGAGAAACAGGUCAAGAUUUAUGAAUGCGCUACAAUUAUUAAUUACAAUAUUCAACUACCACUCUGGAUGGCAGGUGUGUAUAUCUAUUUUCAUUUUUAAUACUAUACAUAUUAUUUUAGAAUAUUUUGGUGUUAUUACUAAUAUUAGUGUCAUGUGUAUUGAUUCAAAUAAAGUCUUUAUUAUUAUUAUAAUUAAUUAUUAUUAUUAUUUAGCACAGUUUGCCUGAGUGUGUGUGGGGGGGGGGGUCUUGGCCCUUGGGGUUUAAAAUUCUGCGUCUUCAGCUUUCCCUAAGAUUGGGAGUUACAACUGACAACUGAUUUAUUAUAACAAAAUAUAAUUGUGGAUUAGUUGGUUAACGUUAUCUGAAUUAUAAUCUUGACUGUGACGUGCCAAUGUAGGUAGUGAAGAAUAGAGUAUGCUUGCAUACAGCUUUGAUGUGCCAUGUAGCUACAUGAAAAAUAGAAUAGUUUAAUGAUCCAAUAAGUGUGCAAAAUUGUAUAUAUUAUAAAUUAUUUAGGCAACCCUUGCACGACUGGCCUCAUUACGAAUAACAACAUCACAUACAUAUUUGUAUAAAAAACUGGACGAAUAUGGAGCUGGGUAUCGUGAUGAAAUAUUAAAUGCUGUUGAGAAUCAAUGCCUGUUUCUGAAAAGGAAUCCUGAAGUGGUGGAGUCUGAUGACCAACAAUCAUGUGACCAUGGGCGGAAAAUCACAAUUGACAAUUUUGAUUACCGGCAAAAUGUGCACCAUAUGACAGAAGAGCAUCAGAACAUCGAUGUUCAUCAUGUCACUGUGAUGUCAACUGAGAACAGAAUAGGAGCUGUAGACUUCAGUGACCAGAAGAAAGAAGAUGGAAUUAUGAAGCUUGAGAAUGGAAAAUUCAUACCAAGUGAUGAUGACCACCAAUUGCAGAGAAAGAAUUUCAUUACUUUAGUUGGUCGAAUACUUGUGGCUAAUAUACCAUGUCUGAAAUUCUUGGCUGAUGUUGUCACAUCUCAUAUACCACACAAAUACAGUUCGCAAAUGGCAAAGAAGACGAAUACUGUAAGUAGAUUUACUGGACAGAGUACAUUUUUAGUUAUAAUAACCUUUAACAGUAUGUGCCAGUGUUGGUAGCGAUAACAACAACAAUGCACUUCGGAUUGUUAGGGAUAUAGUAUAGGUUACUUGUAUUGUUACAUGUUUAGUUUUCUGUAGAAGCUAAAUGCACAAGAUUAACCCUUGGUGACUAAGAUUGUAUUGAUGUAUUCCAUUAGUUAGAGAAAAAGAAAAAUAGUUACUGCAUUUUUGCUGCAUAAUGGUUAGAUUUUAUGCACCAUUUUGAGCUUGGGAUUUCAUUGUACAGUAGGUAGCAAUAUUUCAUUGUAGGUAGCAAUGAACAAUAUACUUGAGGGAUAAUAGGAUCAAACAACAUUAAAAUUGUCACAAGAACUUUAUGUUCCAAUCAAAGGACCUGAUGUCAUCUAAAAUUUUGUUCUUGUUACUAAUUUCAAGGUAGCCUGAUCCUAUUACCCUUAAGUAUUUAAUAUGAAACUUUAGCUUCAAAUAAAAUAAAAUUUUAUAGUCACAAAUAUACCAAUACAAAAUAAUACAUUUUAUAACAUAUUUGUGGGGAAUGUUGUUCAAUGUCCCCCCACGAUCACAAUAAAUCAUAAAUCACAAACCAAAAACAAUGUUUUAAUACUCACAAAUCUCAAAAAGGUCGCUCACAAAAGAAAACAUGAUACAGAUACUCUUCCUAGAACUAAAUCGUACCAUUUACUUCCGGUACAGUUACCCUAGCUACUUUUGACAACAUACUGUACAUAAUUAUAAUAAAUUAACCCAUUGAGUGGUAGCACUCAGACUCUCCCCCUGACAAGUAAAUCGUCUGGCGUUAGACAGAGUAAAAUAAUAAAGUGGGACACAUUGCCACUGAAAGGGUUAAUUAUUAGAUAGAGCUUAGAAAUUAUUUUAAGUCUUCCAUGUUUUCCAAACAAUGUGAUGAAGCUUGGAAAAAGCUCAUCAACUGACGGCUGUUCAGUCAGUCAAUUAUUAGAGAUGGGACAAAGUACCUUCUAUAGCAAUCAAAUUAUUUGUUAUUCUUAUGUAAUCACGUCUAAUCAUGUACAUAAUAUUAAAUAUCGAAUUUUUAGACAUUCAUGGGUCUAAUUUAUGAAAACGAAAAUGACGCUGAUGGUAUCACCAAUGUAAUCAAAGAAUUACACCAGUAUGUUCCUCAUGGUCAGAAUGAAGAUGGGACUGAUGGCAAGUAUGGAGAACAAGGGAUUGUUGGGGAUCAGCUCACUGUGGAGAGAUUUGUAAAUGGUCAUGCGUCUAUUGCAAAUGGAUUUACAGAGAAGGAACAGUGCACUGGCCUUCAUGCUGAGGUUGCAGACUGGCAUUCUGGGAAUAGAUUCUUACAGGUAUAAUAUACUAAAUCAAUUAAUAUUUUUGUUAAAUACUGGAGAAAAUUUAUGCAGUGCCUUCUAAAUGUCUGCGAAUGUUGUCAAUUGACUGAUGUUAGUGGACAAUGUUUAGGGGGACUGAGUGCAGUUAUAAUAAUCACACAGUCGAAAGAUCAACAAGCUAUUAUGACACUGCAUUUUAUAUUAUUAUAUGUCUUUUUACAGUUGGCAUUUCAGAACCUUUACAGCGCAUCAUCUGGUUAUGACAAAUGUACACUGUAUGCUGAUCGUACAUUCAUCAAUAGACGGAAUGUGAAAAGUGACGUGUCCUCUGCAGUCAACCCUUGUCGACAGUUCUUCACUCUGGAGGUCCACGCUCGUGUUAUUGCUGCCACGUUGAAAGUGUUGAACAUGGCUAACUUAGAAGAAAAACCAGGUAUACCUUUUCCAGGGGAUGAGUCCUCAAAAGAAGAUAAGAAGAAUUAUCUUGAAUUUGUAUGUGCCAAGGUUGUUGACAUGUUUGUCAUUGAUGAAAGCAAGAAUGAGCGGAUUCUUGAAUGCUUGGACUGCAUCAAUCUUUGCGAGAAAGCUAAGGCAUUGUCAUUGGAUGACAACAAUAGAUAUCGGUGUCGAUAUGAGGGUUGUCAAAAAUCCUUUGCAAAGUAUGGCAAGAGAAUGAAGGAUCAUGAGUCAAACCAUAAUCCACCAAUAUUGGAGAUCAUUGAACAGUCUGUUGUUGUAGAUACCACUUUAUCUGACGAAGAACAGGAUGACAUGUUCUCCUAUCAAAAGGCACUGCUGGAGUAUGGCAUGCUCAUUCUGAACUUUUGGGACGCCAUAUCAGAAGGGGAUGGUGAACGCAUAAUGAGAUGCUGGCGAUUCUUUUUGUUGUAUCUUCGAGCAGAAGGGCAGUCAACCGUAAAGUAUUCUCUUGAGGCUUUAUACCUGUUGUGUCAAAUCAAUGUUCUUCUAAGUCCACAAGCUGCUCAACGAUUGAUUUGGAACCGGUCAGUGAAGACUAAAAAUGGUCUUGGUGGCAACAUACCACUUGAUCUUCAGCUGGAGUUCUAUAACCGAAUGAUGAAGGCAGCUGUCAAGAAUGUUGGUCCAAAUGCUUCUAAAACAUCUCUAAAUAGAAUUGCACAUUCUAUGGGUAUAACAAACGAGUUAAUGAAACAGUUUGACCAUGAACUUUCUGUGUACAGAAGAUCUGGCAAGCACAUAACUACAUCAUCACAGAAUGAUUUGUUAAAGAUUGUAGAUGAACUUCUCCUUGAAAGAGCAUUCUAUAUGACCGAAGGAAGAAGAUACCACCAUUUUAAAAAUAUGAAGCAAAGUCUUCUACAUGGUUUGGAUUUACAAAAACUGUUUAGUUGGAUAAACGAACAUAAGGAAAAUCUUGUUCUACAUAGAAGAGCUAGGUAA